AUGGCGGCGACGGGCGACGGAUCGGCCCUGGCCGUGGGCCGGGAGGGCGGUGCCAUCGAGGUCUGGGACGCGGAGGCGCAUCGGUGGAACUGCUGCCUGGUGAUACCUGGGAGGGACGAAGCCAGUCUGUCGUCCCUGGUGUGGGUGCGCGACUCAUCGGACGGCUCCUGGCGGUUGUUUUCCUCGGGGCUGGAUGGAAACUUGUGCGAAUGGGACCUCGUGAAUCGGCAGCCCAGCCAUACGAUGGACUCCUACGGGGGGGCCAUCUGGGCUCUGGCUGUGGCGCCUGAGGCCCCAGAUGACGAAGGCGGGGAGAGUCACCUUGCACUCGCCUGUGAUAGCGGUAGCGUUCAGAUCUUCUGCGUGGAGUCUGGGAGUGGUGGUGCCUACCUGAAGCGAACCUGCACUGGCGGCAGCGGGCGGGCGCUGUGCGUGUGCUGGCACCCAGAAGGGCACAGCAUAGUGGCAGGCCACUCGGGUGGCACAGUGCAUGUCUGGGACUGGAAGACAGGGAGGGAGACGCUGUGCCUGAGGUGCGGACCUGGCCCAAGGGGCACCAAGCUCGCUGUGUGGAGCGUUCUUGCAUUGCCUGGCCACACCCUUGUCACCGGCGACAGCUCUGGGCGGGUUGUGUUCUGGGAUGGGAGGUUCGGCACACAGGUCAAGAGCUUUAAGAUCCACGAGGCCGACGUGAUGGCGAUGGCAGGAUCGGCUGACGGGAGGAGUGUGUUCGCCUCGGGCGCCGACGUGCAGAUCGCGUUGUUUCGACAGAUGGACCAGAGACAGGGUGGAUGGACUUUCAUAGAGUCUCGCAGACCCCACAGCCACGAUGUCCGCUCGCUGAUCACCACGGGCGGGGGAGACACAAAGUUCGAGGAGAGGCUCGUGAGCGGAUCACAGGAUGCCAGAGUACUGCAGAUCGCAGUGACGCGUUUCAACAAGGCCAAUCCCACUGCGUUGACUGUGGCACCCGAGGCACCGAUCAUCUGUACAGCGGCCCAGGGCAAGGGUGAUGACCAAGUCAACCUCAUGCUCACGGCGAGCGGGAGGCAACUGGACCUCUGGCGACUCGCGAGGCCCGUGCGGCUGGGCAAGCGCUGGCGCUGCUCGGAGGGCGAUGCCGUCGACGUGGCAGCUGUGCCGGCCCACCUGGCUCGCAUUGAUGCUGCCGGGCCAUGGCACAUUGCCUGCGCAGCCCUCGCCCCUGAUGGGCGCCUUCUGGCCAUCUCGGAUUGCAAGAGGACACGAGUGAUGCAGAUUGAUGGGGAUUGCGGAUGGGAUCAAGGCAUGGGGGAAGGAGGAUCGAAGGUGGUGGUGAAGCGGUGCAGGGUGGAAGGGAAGCUGCCAUCUGCCGACCGGGUGGUGUUUGUGCCAGGCUCAGACCUGGUGGCCAUCGCCACGAGGACCGGCAGCGUCCUGUUGGUUGACCUGGAUGAGGGCGCGGUUGUGGGCACGAUGGCACUACAGGAGGCCCCAAGGCCCAAGAUCAGCAUGCCGCUGGCCUCAAGGACCAUACCGAGAGGUGUGCAGGCUUUCAAGGCAUCACCGAAUGGGCGCUGGAUAGCCGCCGCCAUCGGCCUAAGGGUUCAGUUGUUCAACCUCGACUCCCGUAAGCACCACGGCGUGCUGCCGCCCCUCUCCGACUCUGUCCCCAUCGCCGCCCUCUGUUUCUCGAACUGCUCCAAGCAUUGCAUCGUGGCCAACGCCCGCAACCGAGUGGGGAUUUAUGAUGUCUGUACUUUGACACCCUCGUCGUGGAUGUUGAGUCAUGGGGGAGCACUACCAAAGUGGCUGCUCAACAUGCCGGGGCAGGCUAUGGAUCUUUCAUGCCAUCCAGGCCGUGAGGCCCGUGACGUCGUGCUGCACACGCCCAAGGCCUUUUGCCACAUCGACUUCUCGCGGCCACCAGCCAUCCCCGACGGCCCCCCGCCGCGGGCCCCCGGCCCCGCCGCGCCUGCCGGCUCCCGCGCCGGUGAGAACUGUCGAGUCAUCACGCUGGCCAACCCGUGCCUGCACUGGUCGUUCCUGUCGCCGGACAGCGCAGUGCUGGUGGAGGUGCCCUGGGCUGAUGUCGCACGCGGCUUCCUGCCACCUGUGUAUCGACACAGGUAUGGAGCGUGA